GCUGAUGGCGGCUCGCUGGGCGGCCCGCGGCUGCGGGCCAGUGCCGGGGCCGGGGCUGGACGAGUUCACCGUCCCGGCGGAGAAGAGCCGCUUCCUGGAGGGGAGCCGGGGCCGCAUCGAGGGCUUGUUCGAGGUGCGGCUCGCCGUGCUGGGGGCGCAGGCAGACUGGCGGCCCGCGGGCCCGCCGCCGGCCGCCGCCAGGAUCUGGGUGCAGCUGGCGGGCGGCGGCAAGGCUGUGCGCAGCGCCAAGGAGUAUAUUAAGGGACUCUGUGAACCUGAACUAGAAGAAAAGGAGUACUACCCAAAGGACAUGCACUGCAUUUUUGCUGGUGCACAGAGCCUUUUUCUCAACUGUCUUAUUCAGGAUACCUGUGCUGACAUAACAGUGCUGGAAAUAGGAUUACUCAGUAUUAAGGGGGGUGCAGAAGCUGUUGUUAUGGCUCAAAGUCAUGUUCAGCAAUUUGUGAAGCUUUUUGAAAAUAAUGAAAGUUUAUUAAGCGACAAUGAACCAGAAGUUAAAAAGCAGUUUAGACAAUUUGUGGAAGCACAUGCAGAUAAAUACACGAUGGACUUACUGAUCUUGCCUAGCUCACUAAAAAGAGAACUUCUAACCCUCACACAAAGUGAAUGUUACGAAGUAGAGAGCGAUAUCAUAGAUCUUACAGGUUCUGAAAGCCCAACAGAGCUUUUACAGAAUAAGGCAUCCAAAGUAAUUGUUGUGAGCAAAGAUGGAAGAACAGGUGGUGAAGAAGCAAGAAACAAUGCUGGAACACCUGUAACUGAACUUACAAAAAAAAUGGACACUGUCUUUUCUGAUGCUUCUGAAACAAGUUUUAUUCCCAUAAAUGUUGUGCCUCCUUUAGAGGCAGUAGUUUCUAAAGAGAGACAAUCGUGUAAAAGAAGAUCAUCUGAUGCUGAGGAAAGGCUUCCUAAAAAACAAUUCUCUUUAGAAAAUGAUCAGGAAUUAAAGUCUGUCUCACACCAUGAUCCUUGCAACAAGGAUUCAGUUAUUGAUCUGCUUUCAGGUAGCUGCAGUGAAUCAGAUGAUCCCAGCUUCUCUAUUAAAGAAGGAGAUGACAUCAGUGAGGAAAUGGAAUAUAAGAUUCUUGUGAACUUUUUCAGAACAAUGGGAUAUUCCCAAAAUAUUGUAGAAAAAGUUAUUGGUAUCCUGGGACAGUCUGUGGAACCAUUAACAUUGUUAGAAGAAAUUGAAAAAGAAAAUCUAAAAUUUCAGAAAGAACAGGAACAGUCAUCUCAAAAGCUUAAAGCUAUAAAUCCUCCAUUAGGAGGUAAUGCAAAUCAUUCACAAACUCAAGAAGACAAAAAAAUUUCUAGCAAUAAAAAUCUGCUUAAAUCCGGUCAUACUUCAAAGGAGAUAAAAAAUGAACAUCACAAAAUAAGAGAAUUACCAAAUGCACAGGUUGAUGCAGAAGGUAAAAUGCAUAUGCUUGUAUGCAAACCUGCCUCCCCUUCCAGUAAAAAUUCAGCUAUAUCUUGUAAACAAAGAGACAUUUAUUCCCCUGGUAAAAAUCGCAGUUCAAGAUCUAGCGAUAUAGAAACUGAUGGCAUUGUGACUUGUAGCACUGUACUGGCUGGAGCUCCAAAGGAUGUUGGUUUUGUAGCCAGAGGGAGCUCAGAUGUGCAGCAUAUGUCAGCUAAGACUAAAACUGCAGUUCAGCAGAAAUUUGCACGGCCCUCAGGUGUACAGAAUAUUCAUCCUGUUCUUGAAGACCAGUUUGGACACUGCAGCUCUUCUCAAGUGAGACCUCUCAAACAGCACCCUUCCCAAACUUCAAAAUUGGAAAAUCCUCCUCAAGAUCCUGUAUUGUCUUCACAAAUACACACUUCAAAUCCUGAUAGAGAGACAGUGGGACCAUACAGACGUCAUGUUGAUCCUUCAGUUACUGGGGUUCAAAGAUUUAUGGAUUCUUUGAAAAAGCCAUACAGACUGGAGUUGAAAAAUGAACCUGGGAAACCAUAUUUAAAACAUAUCAUUAUUGAUGGAAGCAAUGUUGCAAUUUCUCAUGGUCUAAGGAAAUUCUUCUCCUGUCGAGGAAUUGCAAUAGCUGUUGAUUACUUUUGGAAACGUGGCCACAGAAAUAUUACUGUAUUUGUUCCACAGUGGAGAACAAGACGUGAUCCUUCCAUUACAGAGCAGCAUUUCUUAACACAGCUCCAGGACGUUGGAAUAUUGUCUUUAACCCCUGCAAGGAUGGUUUUGGGAGCAAGAAUUGCUGCUCAUGAUGACCGAUUUUUAUUGCAUCUUGCUGAUAGAACAGGAGGUGUUAUUGUGACUAAUGAUAACUUCAGAGAAUUUGUGACAGAAUCACUUGCCUGGAGGGAAAUUAUUCAGAAAAGGUUGCUCCAGUACACUUUUGCUGGGGACAUAUUUAUGGUUCCUGAUGAUCCUUUGGGAAGAAAUGGACCUAGAUUAGAGGACUUCCUUCGCAAUGAAGGCUGUUCUAGAGAUUUUCUGGCACCACAGAAGGCUUUACAGAGCAGUGGACAAUAUUCUUCUGAGAAACCUUUCUUCGUGCCAGUCUCCAAACCAACUAGUAGCAAUCGACAACCUAAAAACCAAAUACAUAGCGAUCAUUCACCAACUUGGCUUUCACUGGAACCAAACAUACAGGCUUGUCUUGCGAUUCCACCACAGAGAUCUGCCUCAGAAACAGUACAGCUAAGAGAUGCCCUGAUAAAAAUAUUUCCUGAUUAUGAGCAAAGACAGAAGAUUGAUCAAAUACUAGCUCACCAUCCAUUUAUGAGAGAUCUUAAUGCACUGUCUGCCAUGGUGCUGGACUGAGUAUUUCUGCAGGGUUUUUAUAUCAUGACUGAUAUGUCUAACUUUGAAUGUCAAUGUGAAGAAAAUUGUUGCUCUGUUAUGUUACUUUGUGAAUAUUCAGAACCUAAUUUUAUUUGUAUAAACAAAUAUAUUUUUUGUGUAUGUUUCUAUUGCUAAUAGAUGCCAGGUUUUUGGUAAAUUAAAAACUGCUGCUACUACAGAUUUGUAUUAAUAUUUUCUGUGAAAAAAAACCCACAAAUCUUCUGCUUCAUUUGAAUUGAACUUACUAAAGCAGUUCUAAAGAACUGUUAUCACUUCAAAAUACUGUUAGCACUUUUUAAAACUCCUUUCCUCAAAGGGGAAAAAUUAUAUUAGAGGAUGAAAAAUGACUCUUACAUCUUCAGACAUAUUUUUCAGAUGUAUGCAUAACAUAAUACAGCAUAAGCCAUGCUUAUACCAGGUAACAUAGUUGGGAUUUGGCAUGUAGAGUAUAGAUACUCUUAGAAAACCUCUGCUCUAAGUAUCUCCUUUAAGUUAUGAUCUUCUAAAUAUAUCUCCAUGGAAGUACAACAAAUCUAUUUAGUAUUUUCAGAUGUGAAUACUGCUGUAUUGUAUGUCAACCUGCUUUCAUUAGGCCUGCUUUGUGGAUUUUAGAAGUACUCAGUAUGUUCCAGAGGUCUGUAAACUGCAAUUUGGAAAUUGCUGCAUUGGAGUAGUGAAUGUUUGGUGUAUUGUUGAAGUACUGUCACAAGGUGGCAUAGUGCAUCUGUUGGUUUGUAAUGAUCAAGUAGGAGGUUUCUGACUUACAUUCAGAAAUGCUAGUUCUUACAAAAAAAAAAAAAAAAAAAAAGAUAACAGCAAUUGUAAGACUGCUGUUACGGGUAAAACUGAAUAUUACAUGAAUAAUGUACAGGUAAACAGCUUUCUGAUACUGCAGGCAACUAGGAAGCAGUGUAUAUAUGAAUAAAAUCUUAGUGCCCAUGGAGUGAAAACAGAUGAAGAAAAUACAUUUGCUUGUUUAUUCAGGUUGUGAGGUAUUACUACUUAGAGUAGUUGGGAAAGAAGUUUUAAAUUAGAAAGUGUAAAUUCACAACCCAUCUCAAUGGGAAAUUUUUGUAAUGCUUUCAAAGAUCUGUGAUAUUUAUAUUGCUAAAGAUACCAAAAUUGUGCUGAAGGAGUAUUGAUGUUUUUUCUUUUUUUAAAAAAAAUCUAAUUUAAAAACAGUCAGCUCUACUUCCUGGUUGCUCUUGUCCUGCCCCAUUCCAAUUUUUAAUGCUGUAAUAGGCUAACAGAAUGUGUUACUGUUUAUUUAGAAACUGCAUGCUGUCUUGCGUGCAGUAGAUAAGCUACAGUAUUCAGUCAGCUGUACUCCAUUAAAUUUGUUUUGGGACCUACCCCAAAAGUAGGGUGAAAAAAAGGAACCACAGUUCACAAAGGCUGACCACUAGAACCACUCUGAAGAGCAGGAGCAAAGUGAAGAUUACUGUGUGUCUGUCUCUCUAUGUACUUAAGACUGCCAUACCUUCCUUUUCACAGAUUUCUGGUGCUAUUUUUUCAAAUUAGUAAAAGCAAAUCAGACUAAAAACUGGGGCAAAAAAUUGAGGCUAAUAGGCCUGUAUUAAACUUCUGAAAUACUGACCCUUA